GAGAGAGAGAGAGAGAGAGAGAGAGAGAGAGGAUGUGUUUGUGCCGCUGUGAAUCUCUGCUAAUAUUAAUGCGCAUGUCUCAUGGUUUAUGAACGCGUCACUCAGAUGGAUGGAUAACCUCCUCUCACCAUUCGUAGCGACGAAGGCAGUUCGAUCAUAACACACUGAAGACCAAACAUGAAAUUAAAAAUCUCCGGGCAGCAGAACACAUGGUCAUGAUGAGGAUGGUGGUGGUAUUGCUCUCUGUGAUGAUGAUCUACAUGCUCCUGAUGGAUGCUGUGGUGGAAAGCGCUGCAGGGUUUGAUCCAUAUAAGGUUCUUGGAGUCACCAGAAGCGCAAGCCAAGCAGAAAUCAAGAAAGUGUACAAACGCCUGGCCAAAGAAUGGCAUCCUGAUAAAAACAAAAAUCCUGACGCAGAAGACAUGUUCAUCAAGAUUACAAAGUCUUAUGAGAUCUUAACAAAUGAGGAGAAGAGAGCCAGCUACGAUCGAUAUGGACAAACAGACAACUCUCAUCCGUAUGGUCGCGGCCAUUAUGGUUUCCGCCACUUUCAUGACAACUUCUACUUUGACGAGACUUUCUUCCACUUUCCCUUCAACAAUAAGGGUGGUCGGGACUUUGCUGACAGCAAGUACACAUUGCACUUCAACCAGUAUGUCAAUGAAGUUGUGCCUGACAGCUUCAAGAGGCCUUACUUGAUCAAGAUCACCUCAGACUGGUGCUUUAGCUGCAUCCAUAUCGAGCCAGUCUGGAAAGAAACAGUGCAGGAACUGGAAACUCUGGGGAUUGGAAUCGGUGUGGUUGAUGUUGGUUACGAGCGGCGUUUAUCUAAUCACCUGGGCGCACAUCAGACUCCGUCCAUUCUUGGUGUUGUCAAUGGAAAAGUGGCUUUCUUUCAUUAUGCUGUUGUUAAGGGCCACCUUAUGCAGUUCGUAGAGGAUUUGCUGCCACAGAGACUAGUCGAAAAGGUUACAGACAAGAACAGCCAAGAGUUUCUGAAGAGCUGGCAUGAGCUGAACAAGCCACAUGUUCUCCUGUUUGAUCAAGUGCCUUCGGUUCCUCUGCUUUAUAAGCUAACAGCGUUUGCCUAUAAGGAUUACAUGCAGUUUGGAUAUGUGGAUCAAGGUCUUUCUGAGACCGCUGACCUGCUCAGAAAAUUCAACAUAAACACUUAUGCGCCAACCAUGCUUGUCUUCAAAGAAGAUGUGGAGAAACCUGCAGACAUUAUACAGGCUAAAGGGAUGAGGAAGCAGAUAAUAGAUGAGUUCAUCUCCAACAACAGGUUCCUACUGGCCCCUCGUCUGGUAAACCAGAAGCUAUUUGAUGAGCUUUGCCCAGUUAAACAGUUCCAUCGACGCAGGAAAUAUUGCGUUCUACUCAUCACUGGUGAGGAAGAGUCCUUCAUCACAGGAAAUGAAGCGUUCCUUUCACUAGCCUCUGCAAACACUAAUGAUGUAUUACGGUUUGCUUACGUCUACGAGAGGCGACAGCAGCCUCUAUGUGAUGCUCUUCUAAAGAACAAAGACAGCACACCACCACAGGUGGUGAUUCUUGAGAGGCGUAACGAAGCUGGUAAGAUCCUGUAUAAGCCAGUCUUGGGAGGAUGGAAUGGCAGUAAGGAAGACAAACACAAGCUCCUGGAGGAACUAGAUAGACUGCAGAAGGAUCCCUCCAUCCUCAACUACGACGCCAUUCUGCCAGAGCUCAACAAUGAGUUCGCCUCGAUGUUUUUAAUAAGAUGGAUUUACACGGCAUAUGACUACUUGUCUGAAAUUAUUGAUGAUCUUCUUCACAAUAACUGGCGUGAGAUGAUGCCCCUUAUGUCUUUGUUAUUCUCUGCACUUUUUAUUUUAUUUGGCACUGUAGUUAUUCAAGCGUUUAGUGACUCGAGUGAGGAAAAACAGCCCAAAGUGAAAUCAAAUGAGACCGCUAAGACAGAGAAUGGUUCACCAAACACCUCCAACGCUUCCAGCAGUCGUCCACCAAAGAAGAACUUUGUGGAGGUGACGGAGUUAACCGACAUCACAUACACCAGUAACCUGGUGAAGUUGAGGCCGGGUCACAUCAAUGUAGUUCUGGUACUCACUGAUGCCACGAAGAACAUCCUGCUCAGCAAGUUUGCCAAGGAAGUUUAUUCAUUCACUGGGAGUUUGACGCUACACUUCUCCUUCCUAAAUGUGGAUAAACACAGUGAAUGGAUGACUGCUGUGCUGGAGUACGCCCAGGACGCCAUGCAGAUCGACACGGACGAGGACGAGGUGGGCGGCCGCAAAGUAGACUACACGGGCUACGUUCUAGCCCUCAACGGCCAUAAGAAAUACCUGUGUCUUUUCAAGCCAGUCUACACAGGUGAAGACUUGGAUAGCAAGCCGGAGGAGGAAGGAGGAGGUUCCCGGUCCAGGAAGGGCAUGACCCGCUCUCGAUCCACAACUCUUCAGAUCCACCACAAACUGGAUCGACUUGGGCUCUGGAUGGAGCGACUGAUGGAAGGGACUCUGCCCCGGUACUAUGUCCCAGCUUGGCCCGGUCUGGACAAGAUCACUGUCAAUAAAUAAAGCCUCAUGGAAGCUAGCAUGCUUUUGCUAGAACUAAUAACCCAGCUGAAGCAGAAGCACCGAAGGCCUCAGCGAAACCAGACUUAAUGCUGCUCAGAACGCGAGACGAUUAUACACAAGACUUUGCAGAAGUUACUUAAGUUUAGCUGUGUGGAGGAAAGGAAAUUCUGUCAUGACAACUCUCAGGGUGUUUGGCAUGGUAAUGGAUAUGACAAUGUUGAUAUAUUUGGUCUUGGCAGAAUAGAUAUGCUACGCUGCUGCUGCAGAGCAAGUACGGGACUUGCUACUGCCAAUACAUACACAGAACGCUGCUGUGAGCAAGACAUGCCGCUGCUGUACAAUAUAGCGUACAUGAAUUACCCAUUGCAGAUCUAUACAGGUGGAGCUGGGGACGGUGGAGGGUUUCAUGAUAGCGCGCUGCAACAAUGCUGACCAGUAGUUGAAUGAGCAUGCAAGCUCAUUGGCUACUGAUAGAGCAGGAACUAAUCAGCUGUGCCCUAUAGAGAAUGAUGUGAUUGCAAGCAGAUUGUGUUAAGGACCUAUCAGCCUGCGCCAUCUAGAGUUUCAUGACAGAACUUUGUAUUUGAUUGAAGCAACUGAAUCGACACCGAUGCUGUUACUGACUUCUUGGAAAUAUUAUUGGAGGUCUUUACAGUCAGUUUGGGUCUUUGCUAUUUAUUUCAAAGGCUAUUUCAAAGGUUGAGAGCCAAAAUAUUGAUACAGCUAGCCUAGCUUUCAAGUUUUGACAUUUCAGUUCCACAAACAACAUUGCAACAUGCUGCUAGUUUAAAAAAGCUAACAAAGUGUAGCAUACCAAACAUGAUCACUGUAGACUUUUUAGUCAUAACUAUGUUUACUCGUGACAAUGCUGUGAAUUUUUAUGUUUUACAAUUUUAAGAGACACUUUCCCUUUUAAUUUAACCCCCUUGAUCAAGUGUUUUGCUAACACUUUACGGUACAGUAAGGUUUUAUACAUUAACUUUAGUUAAUGCAGUAAAUGAAAUGAAAUAACAACGGACAAUACUUUUACAGCAUUUAUUGGAUGGAUACAUGGAUAAAGUACAUUUCUACAGCACAUAUACUAACAUUUUUAUCAUUUGAAAAUUGAUAAAAAAUAUGUUAGCCUAAUGCAUUAACUAAUUGCAUUAACUAAUGCUAACCUUGAAGUGUUACACAUUUGUUUGUUUUUUGUUAUAAAACGUUUCACUUGCAAUUCCUUACCAAAAAGUAAUUUUAGGCCAAAUAAAAAUAAAAUAAAAUAAAAUA